AUGUUGGUUGUAGAUUACGUUUCGAAGUGGGUUGAAGCAGCAACAACCCCAACAAAUGAUGGUAAGGUGAUUAUAAACUUCCUUCACAAGAACAUUUUCACCCGCUUUGGCACUCCCCAAGCAAUACUUAGUGAUGAAGGGAGUCAUUUCUGCAAUAAAAGUUUUGAUGCUUUGUGUGCAAGAUAUGGCAUUCGACACAAAGCCACUCUAGCUUACCAUCCUGAAUCGAAUGGACAAGCUGAAAUUUCAAAUAGAGAGGUUAAAAGUAUCCUUGAGAAAAUGAUGAACAACUCUCAAAAAGAUUGGUCCAAGAAAUUAGAUGAUGCGCUUUGGGCAUAUCAAACAACAUUCAAAACUCCCAUUGGUAUGUCGCCUUAUAGGCUAGUCUUGGGGAAAGCAUGUCACUUACCUGUUGAGUUGGAGUAUCAUGCAUUUUGGGACAUGAAGAGGUUGAAUAUGGAUACAAAGGCAGCGAAUGAGAAGGACCAGGAAGGCACUGUUGUUGAUGCUGCGAUCUUUGAAGGCAAUGCUGCUGGUGAUACAAUCUCUAAAGAUGAAGUUCAAUCUAAGGGACUGAAUCUAGAUAUUGAAAAGGUUCGAGUGGUAGAACUUAGGGGAAACCAGGAAGCUGAUCUUCGGGGCUCUGGGAUGGCCACUCUGGAGUUGAACCCUUCUAGCUGGGCGGACAAGGUGGAGGAAGGGGAUUAUCAGGCCUCGGCUCACAAUCAAUGGCAACAGUUUAUGGCGGGUAAACUCUCCUUUCGUGACCAAAAACUUGAGCAUGCUGGACCUUUGUUCAAAGAUGGUAGAAAAAUUGCUAGGGUUGAUAUUGAAGAGGUCAAAUGUCAAUCUGCUAAUUGGAGCUCUGCAGUAAUUUGUAUGGUUCUUGGUGCUAAUCCCCCAAUGGCUGUUUUUGAAGGGUUCAUCAAAAGAGUUUGA